AUGGCCAACAACAAGAAUAACGAGAACAACACACCUCUCCAAUUCCGCAUCGCCACCGUAGAUGACGCACCCCAAGUCGCCCAGCUCGUAGAAGCUGCCUUUCGCGCCGAAGACAGCCGCGCAGACUGGACAGCCGAUAUGGAACUCGGCAGAUCAUUCGACUACUCAACCGAUAAUGCUCUAAGGAACAUCAACGACCCCGACGCAGAGGUCCUCAUGGGCUUUGAUCCCCACGGCGUAUUCGCUGCCUCAGUUCAAGUUGUCUUCAAGCCUGAAGCCCACAUGGCCCGCAUUGUCCUGCUUUCCGUGAACCCCCAGCUGCAGCGCAGCGGCGUCGGGCGCCAGGCUCUUGGUUCUGCUGAGGAAUACGCGCGGCAGCAUUACGACAUCAAGAAGUUUGGUUUGAACGCCCUUUCUUCUCGCGAGAAGUUGAUUGCGUGGUAUGAGCGCUGUGGGUACCAAAGGACAGGAGAGACGACACCGUUUCCUUUUGUAUGGUACCCUCAUCUGGACCUUCCGAAGGAUUUGUGCAACGUUGAGCUAGAGAAGGAUGCCACAUCUGUUGGGGCUUGA